UGCAUCGUCGUACUUUCCUGCUUCGUGAAGGUAAUCUCCUCAUCCUCGGAGCUCAUGUCUGCCCCCUGGUGGAGAUGCUGUAAACUGAUCCCUCUGUCUUUUCACAGGUGACCAUCAUGAAGCUUCUCUGAUCCAGUCAGGUGUCCUCGCUCCUGAUUGCUCGAUUGUACGAUGAGCUCCGCCUUCUCUCAGUCGCUCUUCGACCGUUUCGCUGCGUCGCCCCCUGCUGGCCGGGAAGACCGGAGCAGAACCCAGCACUCCGAGUCUCUUUCCGCCUCCGUCCCCUUCCUGUUCUACCCCCCCGCUGUGGACCCCGCUGCCCUCAGCCUGUACAAGGGCCCCCUGAGGGGUCCCGCCGGCAUCCUGCCCUACCUGUCCCCCUUCCACCACCACGGGCACUUCAGCGUCUAUGAGUGCCCGUUCGAGCCGGCAUUCAUCCAGAAGCGUAACGAGCGGGAGCGGCAGCGCGUCAAGUGCGUGAACCAGGGUUACGCCAAGCUGCGGGACCACCUGCCGGGCCACAGCGCCGACAAGAGGCUCAGCAAGGUGGAGACGCUGCGCGCCGCCAUCAGGUACAUCAAGUACCUGCAGAGACUGGUGGACAUGGAGGAAGAUGGGCGUGAAGGGGCGGAGCCAGGCAGUGGGACGUCUUCUGGCCGGGACAGGGGUGGAGAGAUGCAGGCGUGUUGA